AAUUUAACUAGACUAUUUGUUGAGAUUCUCAAACUUUACCAAACUGAUAAGAACUGGUGCAUCAACUUCUCUCCAUUCCUAGUUUCUGUGAUUCCUUGUAAAAAAUAUAGACCAUUUUCGUGGAUGUGGCUGAAGAUGUGGUGCAUCGCGUGGUGGCACAGCGGUCGCGAUGACGACGACGAAGAGGAGGACAUAGAAGGUGCUGAAAGCAGUCGCACAGGACACGGUUACGACGAGGCAAUAACGCCGUUGUCAGUGGAAACCCCUCUCACCGGUACGGUCUCACGAUCUGCCUCUCUGAGCGGGAUCCAUCCUACCACGUUGACCGUUGAGAAAACUAUCAGUAUAGCUGAUAACCACGAUUACAAAAAGACUAAGAAAGCCGGCGAGCUGUCGACGAAAAGUGUCUCUAGUGAUUCUGUGUACACGAUUCUGAUCCGGCUGCCGACACGGGACACCGGCGGCGUGGGAAAAUACACGGAGGGGCCGAGCAUAAAAAUGUAUCACGAGGAGACGGUGAGCCCGUCGUUGAUCACCAGGAGACCGUCUCACAUACCCGACAUAAGGAUCCCCCUGAACACGAAGAACAUCCCGAAAGCGUUGGCGAGCAAACCGGCUGCGAACAAGACGGCGAACAAGAAGAAGAAGAAGCUGCAGGAGAAGAAGGCCGAUCGAAAGGCGGCGAAAACGUUGUCGGCCAUCUUGCUGGCGUUCAUCAUCACCUGGACACCGUACAACAUUCUCGUUCUAAUUAAAUCCAUCACAGCCUGCUCCUGGUACAUACCGCAGGAGCUAUGGGACUUUUUCUAUUACCUUUGUUACAUCAAUAGUACUGUGAAUCCAAUGUGUUACGCCCUGUGCAACGCAGCGUUCCGACGAACAUACGUGAGGAUCCUCAAGUGCAAGUGGCAUAACAGAAACAGAGCCGCGAUGGACAGAGGAUGA